GGUGUGGAGACCACGGUGAGAGGAGGCCGGUAGACUGGUGCCAUGGAGCUUCCCAGUUACAGCAAGCAGCUGCUGCAGCAGCUGUAUGCUCUCUGCAAAGAGCAGCAGUUCUGUGAUUGCACCAUCUUCAUUGGGAACGUUCAUUUUAGAGCACACAAGGUGGUUUUGGCUGCUGCCAGCCUGCUUUUUAAAUCCUUAUUGGACAGCACAGACACCAUCUCCAUCGACGCUUCUGUGGUGACCCCUGAGGAGUUUGCGCUUUUGCUGGAGAUGAUGUACAGCGGCAAACUCCCACUGGGGAAACACAAUUUCACCAAAGUAAUCUCCGUGGCAGAUAGUCUGCAGAUGUUUGAUGUAGCUGUUAGUUGCAAAAACCUCCUCAGGGACCUCAUCAGCUGUUCGACUCAGGACCAGGUAGUGAGAGAAGUCUCCGGCCAGACGGCAGACUCAUCUGGAAACUGCGCUGAAGCUAAUAACCUGCCCCAGUCUGAAAAACCUGCUGAAGCAAAAGCAAAUAUCCUUCUCCCUCAUGGAGUUUCCCCUUCUCCUGGCCCUGUAGAAGCAGAAAUGGAAGCAGAUGUUUCUCCUCUUGGCCAGGAACUUACCAUGAGUCACACCUGGGUUCACCAGGAUGCGAUGCUGAGUGACUCCAGAUCCCUCCGGGAGGAUUCAGGCUCUCAUCCUAAUCAGCCUGCCAGUGCUGAGCAGGGUGGCAGUGCAGAAGAGGAGCUUGCUGAGCCUCCAGAGGAGAAAGGAGGAGCAAGGGAUUUAGCAGCAGAGAGCAAAAGCUGUAAACUGGAUUUCUUUCUUCGAUACGAAAAUCUUUUCUCUGAGGCCCUUUCUGAUGCCCGAGCUGUGCUGAAAAGACUAGAAGACUGCAGAGAAAUUGAUGCCUCUCAAAAGGAGGCUCUGGCUUCCUGUCUGGCAGAGGCAGGAGAACAGUCAAUGUUCAAGAAGCUGCUGAGCAAAGUGAAGGAUGCUCAGAACCUGGGUGCUCAAACCCUAGAUGCUCAGACCCUCGUGUCUUUACUGAAGCUGUUUCAAGACGUGAAUCCCAAGCUGAGAGUGGCUUUGAUGGAGAGGGAAGGGGGAAGCGGAGAAGCCCUGCAGCAAACAGAGAGCACAGACGAGGGAGAGACACUGACCGCUCGCUUGCUGGGGCGCAGGGAGGAGCUGAUCCAGACCGUGACACAGCUGAGCCCCAUCAUAGAGUUCCUGGAGGCAGCAGAAGAGGGAUUCCUGACCGCCUCAGAGAAGCGGGUGGUUUUGGAUUGCUGUGAAGGCGGCUCUCAGAGGGAAGCCAUGGACAAUCUGCUCAGGAAGGUGGAUGAAGAGAAAACCCUGAAAGCAGAAAGUUUGGUCAAACUUCUGGGGGCUGUGAAAGCAUCAUUCCCCGGUCUCCACCUUCUGCUAGACAACUUGGCAGCAGCAAACGUCUCUGAUGGCAAAGCCAAAUGGAGCCCAGAGGAUUAUGGAGCCAAACUGUUGAGACGAUACCGACAAAACUUAGUGGAGCUUCUCACAGACACCCAGACACUGCUGCAGGGCAUCUCUGCUGCACAGAGCCUGCUUCCUCCUGGAGAGAGAGAGGCAAUGGAGCAAGUUGUGAAGUGUGAGGCCGGUGGUUUCGCCUCCCUCGUGUCGGCGGCACUGGACGAGCGGUCUCUGUCGGUCUCUGCCGUUUGGCAGCUGCUGCUGGCUGUGCGGGAGCCUGCACCGCUGAACCUGCUCAUGGAGGAGAUCCGGAAACAACCUGGCGCAGAGUUUUUCUUCCAAGCAGUGGCCACCAGCGAGAGCACAGCCAUUGAGAUCAUCCUGCGGCACAGCAAGCUGAUCUCGGAGGCCAUCCAGCAGAGAGCGGACCUGGAGGGCUUGGGUCCAGGGGAGGCAGGACUCACAGAAGCAGUAAAAGAGCUAGUGAGUAUUUCUGCUCAGAAGGAAAGUUCAGAGGCCUCCUUGAAAGCAGCUCUGAGCACAGCCCAGGAGAAGUCUGUCCUGGCCAUCAAGAUCUGUCAGCUGCUGUGCGAUGUCCAUGAGUCCUUCCCAGACCUGCAGCCAGUGAUGCAGGAGCUGGGGCAUGUAGGUCUCUUGACUGAGGGAAGUGGAGAGAAACCUGGGAUCAGGAAGUGGAAGGUGAACAGUGAAUCCCAAGUUGAAGCUCUGGACAAAGAUGAGGACAAGGCGGGAGGUGCCGGUGCCAAUGAACCGAAGGAACCCCAAGAAAAAGCUUCUUCCAAGAAGAGUUUUGUCUGCAAAGCCUGUGACAAGACCUUCCACUUCUACUGCCGCCUGAAGGUGCACAUGAAACGUUGUCGAGUGGCCAGAGGAAAGCAAAUCCAGUGUAAGGAGUGCAGCGAGGUCAAAUCGACAAAGAAGGAGCUGGAGAAGCAUCAGCUGGAGGUCCACGGGGUGGUGGGCAUGGCCAAGAAGAAGAGGAAGAGGCUCCCCGUGGCGUGUGACAUCUGUGGCCGAGAGUUUGCUCAUGCCUCAGGGAUGCAGUACCACAAGCUGACAGAGCACUUCGAUGAGAAGCCCUUCUCCUGUGAGGAGUGCGGGGCCAAGUUCGCGGCCAACUCCACGCUGAAGAACCACCUGCGGCUGCACACGGGGGACCGGCCCUUCAUGUGCAAGCAUUGCCUGAUGACCUUCAUGCAGGCCUCGGCCCUCGCCUACCACACCAAGAAGAAGCACGCUGAGGGGAAGAUGUACGCCUGCCAGUACUGUGAUGCCGUGUUUGCCCAGUCCAUCGAGCUGUCGCGCCACGUCCGGACUCACACGGGGGACAAGCCAUAUGUCUGCCGGGAGUGUGGGAAAGGCUUUCGCCAGGCCAACGGGCUCUCCAUCCACCUCCGGACCUUCCACAACAUCGAAGAUCCCUAUGACUGCAAGAAGUGCCGGAUGAGCUUUGCCACCCUGCAGGAGCACCGCAAGCAUGUCCACGAAGCCCACUCCCGGGAGUACCACCCCUGCCCUACCUGCUCUAAAGUCUUCAGCGCCCCGUCGCUCCUGGAGCGCCACAUGGUGACCCACGUCGGAGGAAAGCCCUUUAGCUGUGACAUCUGUGACAAAGCUUACCAGCAGUUGUCAGGGUUAUGGUAUCACAACCGGACCCACCACCCUGAUGUCUUUGCAGCUCAGAAUCACCGCUCCUCCAAGUUCUCCUCCCUGCAGUGCAGCUCCUGUGACAAAACCUUCUCCAGCACUGCUGCUCACCGAAAGCACGUCAAGGCAGAGCACACAGAUGUGAAGUUCCACGAGUGUGAGGCAUGCAAGGAGCUCUUCCCCACGCUGGCUCUCCUGCAGGUCCAUGUGAAGUGCAGGCACUCAGGCUCCCAGCCGUUCCGCUGCUUGUACUGCUCAGCAUCCUUCCGCUUCCCGGGGGCCCUGCAGAACCACGUCACCACCGAGCACUUCAAGCAGACGGAGAGCACCUUCACCUGCGAGCUCUGUGGGGAGCUCUUCCCCUCCCAGGGCGAGCUGGAGGGGCACUACAGCGCUGAGCAUCCCAAGGUGGUCUUCUCCCAAGCCACCAUGGCCCAGAUUGUGCAGGUGAUUCAGGCGUCUGAGCAAGGAUCAGCAGAGCACAUCAUCUCUUUUGAUGAGGCCCAACUCACUGGCUCCCAAGUCUUUGUGACGUUGCCCGAAUCCCAAGUGAGCCAAGCUGGCUCCGAGCUGGUGGCAGUGACCAUGGAGGACUUGUUUGUUGACAAAGUCACUGUGAUUUGUGAAGAAACCAAGUGAGAGUGAGCAGGAGCCCGUGUGUGGCACUUGAUAUCCACUGGACUGGUUCAGGAGCGGUACCUCAUCGUGCUGCUCUAGCAGGGAGAUUCAGGGUUUCUUUGGGAAAGCAACCCGGGUGUGUGAUGCCGCAAAAGAAAUGGCAUGCAGCAAGCACAGCGUGGCCAAGAACAGAAGAGGUUUAUAGACAUUCACAAGGGCCUGGGAAGUCUCCCUGCAGUCAGCAGCUGCCAGCUCGGGUGAGCUGGACCACCCAUCCCUCCUGGCUCAAGAGAAAUAAAGAAGCAGAGGAAAAGAUGAGAAUUGGGUGUGUUCAUGUGUGUUCCUCCACUGCUGUGAACAGAGUGGAGUGGAGGAGACUAGUGCAGGACAAAGUUGGGGUGGUGUGGGUAUGUGAAACCAAAGAAAAAGCUGUCCUGAGAAUUCAGGGUGGAGAUUUUUACGGCUGAAUCAGUGAUGUGCUUGCAGGUAUCUGCUACUCUGCAGGGUGAGUAAGGGCUGCUUUGUUUCUUCUCUUGCUCUCCCCUGUACCAUUGUUGCUGCCUGUUGUGCCAGCUGGAAAAGUCCCCCAGUGCAGAACUGACAUGCGGGCCUCUCUGCUCGAGCAGAGUCUUCUUGGGAGUUGUUGAUAAACGGCUUUGGAGCUGUUUAGGUAAUACCUUGUGUAGCACAGGUCUGAUCCCAUCCACGUUUUCGCUACAGCUGUCCGUUACGAAGGAGGGUCACAGGCAGGUCUGAGCAUCCACGUCCUCUUUGUGAGAAAAGAGCCCUGACAUCUCCCACCCCUCCUCCAAUUCGCCAAGGACGUGCUGAAGCUGCCACAUCUGAGAAAGGAGAAGGAGCUGUGCCUGCAUGCCAGGGCCCGUCCUUACUGGUAUCAGUGGAUUUGCACUAAUGAAGGUUUUUCUGUCUGAGUGUGUAAUAGCUGCUCUCACUGCACAUAGACGUUCCCCGUGGCACACAGAGCAUUGCUUUGUAAAAUGCAUUCAGAUACCUACUGUAAAGUUUGUUUCUCUGGUGCCAGCAUGAUGCAACAGCUUCAUUGCAGCACAGUGGCCCCUUUAAGGCUAAAUUUCAUAAAGCUUUUUAUCUGCAGUUUCCUAAAAUAUAAUCUGAUAAUUAAUGGUUUGCUGAAUCCAUUAUGAAGUGCAAUUAGAUAGAUGCAGGGUUCCUGUGGCUCUGAGGGGACUGGUAGCAUUUAUCUUCUUUUCCCUCAUGCCAAAAGGUUGAACUCUGCCACUGCGAUAUUUACAUACUGAGCGGUGAUCCCCGCCGCAUCUCGCAGCCUGAGACCCUGCAGCGAGCAGUGCCCGUUUUAUCACGCUGCCCAGAGCCAUGGGAGUGCAGGAGAUGAACAGAUUGGAGUUUUUCAACAGCAUCUUGUGCUGGCUGCUCACAGCCACCAGGCAGAGAUGGUCGUACAGGAGCAUGCCAAGGUGGUUGUGACAGUGAGAUAGUUUGUUGUUCCUGUUUCAGCUUGGAGAAAAGAAGUGAGCAGCAAGGGGUGACCGCAGGAGAGGGGCUUGCUGGAGCUAAUGUUCUGCAUGGUAUUUUCUUUUGUCUAUGUGGCAGCAACCAUAUGACCCUGUUGAAGUGCUGCACUUGUCGUGAAGUGCCCCCACCUUUCUCUUCCUCGGUUGCAUGCACGGUUUGUCCCCCAGGCUUUGUGGUGACAGUGAAAUGGAGGAAGCAUGAGGUUAAGUUGCCACUGAGUCCAGGAAUGACCAGGAGAUGGUGCUCAAGAUCUUGAGGAUUAGUGCUAAUGGCCAGGUGCUUCUGCACCUUUGCUGAAGCUCCUCUUAGCCUUCCCAGGCUUUACCCAGCUCCUGGGCUGGCAGGCAUGGAGAGACCUCGAGCCACUGCCAAGCUGGACAACUUCAAGCCCUGGACAGGACACCUCCAAAUCCUGGAUAUCGCUGCUUAAAGAAGAGCCUGAAACUGCGCUGUGGCUGCCUGUGGAGAGGGUAAAAUACAUCUGUUGCUGAGGUGGAGCAGCAGAAAAGCCUGGAAUCCCCCUCGGCCAGGAGGAGAGCAGAGGGGGAACUGCUGGAGACCAUCUCAUGCCUGCCUGGACACAGAAUAGCUGUGCGUGGCACUUAGGAUGAGUGCAGGGGUAAUGACAGAACAAGCAAGUACGACUUGAUGGUCUCAGAGCAGGUAUGUUGGGAGGUAAGCGGUAGAUUUUAUCCCACAGGCUGGUGGAGAUGGAAACUGUUCCCCCUUUUCUGGCUCCUUGGGGGCUGGGAGCUGUGGAUAUCCUGCACAGGCUGUGUGAGUGCUCUGGAGCAGGGGAUGAAUUGUCCAGGUGAUGCUUUGCAGAUGUCCUAGCCUUCAUUUGGGAGCCAAUAUCUGCAGGAGCGCUAGAUGAAGCUGAUCUCCCUUUUUUCCUUAAAAACUCUGGAGGAAGAGUAAAGGUUUAGGGAGAAGUUGCCUUAUUUAUAGCCCUCUCAUAAGGCAGAGGGAGCUUAGCUAGGGAAGAGCAUGCAAAUGAUGCAUUGUGGCUUUGAUCCGUUUGGUCCCGGUUGACUGAGUGUUGUCACAGUUGAAGGGGGACGGUGUAGAUCGCACAUCAGGUGCAGUUCAGGCUCACGUCUCCUGUUCAGGGCCAUCUCUCCUGCCUUUGUGCCCAGCCAGAGCCUGCAUGGGCGUAUUCUGAGCACAGUCCUGCCAGCAGUAUACGCCCAGUGAGAGCUCUGCAGCAGUACAGAGACCAUCAAGCAUCUCCUGUAUCAUUAUGAGGAGAUAAUAACUCGGAUCCCCCCGUUCCAGCUCCUUCUUGAUGGAUGAAAUAUGCACUUCAGAGCAAAUUGCAGUGUUAGCAACACCUAUGUCCUACCCGGAAGGAAGAUGUGUUUUCCAGGGCACGUCCUGGUCUGGUGUGCACAACGCUGAAGAUGCUGAUCACUAGCGAUUUCUUGUUAUGCUGCAUAUUCUUUUUUUCUCUGUAAAAAUAAAA